AUGACUGACAAGGCUGCCAACUGGGCUCUCCCUAUCAUAGGGACAAUCAUCAAGGGCGAGGGUAACCCCCCAACUACUAUCCCGGCCUUAACGGCCAAAUUCAAAGAAGCCUUUGCCAAUCCAGACGCAAAGAGGGCGGCCGCCAGAAAAAUUGCCGCGCUUACUCAGACAACCACCACGUCUGAGUACGUCACUGAAUUCCGCAACCUCAUGGCGGAACUUGACUGGAACACUGAGGCGUACAUUGCCCAGUUCACGCACGGCCUUCAUUGGAAGGUCAAAGAACUCCUGUCCACCAAGGACAAUAUCCCAGAUGAUGACCUCAAGGCUAUAUUUGCCGCCUUGGUCAAAAUAGACAAUACUUGUCAGGAAAACAAGGAGAACCGGCCCAAGAAGGUUCCAGCUAAGGCCCCAGUCACUGCGACCACCUCCACCACCACCACAAGGGUCCGUCUAUCAGAAGACCCAAAUUACGUCACCCCGGAGGAACGGGACUGUUGUUGCGCGUCUGGCCUAUGCGUCAAGUGCGGUCAAAAGGGGCAUGGAAUCAAACAAUGUCCCAAUGGCUGGAAGGCAACGAUCAAGGAGGUGGCCAAAAUAGCAGAGGACGACCCAAAAAUAGACGCUUCUGAUGUAUCUUGUGUUGAAUUUGUAUCUGUUGCCUUAGAUUCAAAUAAAAAACCACUUCUCCACAUCAAUUUACACUUAAACAACUACCUGGCAGAACCCCUAAAAACCCUCAUAGACUCUGGAGCAACCUCCAACUUUAUAUCCCCUUCCGUCGUAGAAAUCCUAAAAAUCCCAAAAACCCAACUCAAAAACCCACGAGUUGUGAGAAUGUUAGACAGUACCAUUUCACAGACUGGUUGCAUUUGGCACCAGGUUCACCUCGCGGUCUCGGCCAAUGGCCACUCCCACUCCAUUCCUUUUCUCGUUUGCCCCAUUGGCAAAACCCCGGCUAUAUUAGGCAUGACUUGGUUGACAGCAGAAGCCCCCCUUAUUGACUGGCAACAGGGCCUGGUCACAUUUCCGGAGCAAGCCCGAAUUGCCUCUGAAGAAGAAGCCAACCCAGACCCCAUGGCAGACCUCCCCUCACAAUACCAUGAAUUUGCCUGA